AUGAAACAUGCAAAGACUGUAGAAGAAUGGAUUGUCACAAGAGACGGUUGUAGCAUGUAUACAAAAUCAUGGAAGACGGCAACCCAACCACCGCUGGCAACCAUGGUCUUUCUUCAUGGCUUUGGCGAACAUGUUAACCGAUACAAUCACAUGUUUCCAAGAUUCGCCCAAGCCAACAUUGAAGUUUACGCAUACGAUCAAAGAGGGUUUGGAAAGACCGGGUUAAAAAAUGGGAAUUUAGGUAUUACGGGAGGAUGGAAGGUUAUCAAGGAAGAUAUUACGGAUGCCUUGAAGAUUGCGAAACAACCUGGUGUGCCAUUGAUUUUGUUUGGGCAUUCGAUGGGUGGCAGUCUCGCACUUCGUUACGCAGCCGAAGGUCCCGAGUCUAAAAACAUCUCGGCUCUUCUCAUCACUUCUCCAUUGAUUCGAUCAGCCAGAAUCAACGAUUCAACAGUAACUCUAGGAACUGGGUUAUCGAAAGUAUUGCCAAAUUUACAGUUUAAUACCAAGAUAGACAUUAAAUAUGUGUCGCGUGAUCCGAAGGAAUGUCUCAAGUAUGCGAACGAUCCGUACAAUCAUCCUUACUGGAGCUUGAAAGGAGCUAGCGAUGUUCUUCGUGGAGCAAAGUUGGUCAUGAAAUCAGGAUACGAGAGAAUCACUCAUCCUAUCUACUUGGCGCAUGGCACUGGUGAUCAGGUGACAGCCUUUGGUUCAACCAAAGAGUUGUACGAAAAACUACCUUCCAAAGACAAGACUUUUAGAGUAUGGACGGGACUAUUUCAUGAGAUGCAUAACGAACUUGAGAAAAAUCAAGUGAUCCAAGAGUACAUUGACUGGACAGUAUCACGCGCCAAACAACUUAGACGAUAUCCAUUUGACGCCGAUGAUACUACUACAAGUUAUACACCAUUGCAACCGUUGCGCGACUUUGGCCCUUCUACCUUGUUUGGAUAA